CGAACUUCCGGGCCCCAGCAUCCUACCGCGCACCCUCCUGCUGCGGGUCGACGGUGCUCCGCGCGCGCAGCCGGUCCUCGGGCGCGAGUUCCACCUCGCGAACAGCUCGUGCUCCUGGCCGUGUGGCGCGCCGCGGCGGAGCCCGGCGCGGCGCCGGAGCGGGCGCGGGAGGCGCUCGCCGAGCUGCGCGCGAGGCGCUGGCCAGCCUGCUUCGAAGAGCUCGGCUCCGUGCUGGAGGCGGCUCUGCCGGACACCGCCGCGGCCUUUGGCCAUGAGUCCGGGGAGGCAGCAUUCGCACGACGAGUUCAGGCAGAGUGGACAGCGCUGCGCCGGAUGUGCCUUGACGGCGAUUUGUGCUGGGAGGGCGGACCAGCAGAA